CGGACGGCAGCUCUCGACUCGGGGAAGCCGAACGCGCUGGCCAUGGCCUCCAACUUUAACGACAUAGUCAAGCAGGGCUACGUGAAAAUCCGCAGCAGGAAGCUGGGGAUUUUCAGACGUUGCUGGUUGGUUUUUAAGAAGGCGUCUAGUAAAGGACCCAGAAGGCUAGAAAAAUUUCCAGAUGAAAAGGCAGCAUAUUUCAGAAACUUUCAUAAGGUAACUGAACUGCACAACAUCAAAAAUAUAACCAGGCUGCCUCGAGAGACAAAGAAGCAUGCAGUGGCAAUUAUCUUUCAUGAUGAAACGUCAAAGACAUUUGCCUGUGAGUCAGAGCUGGAGGCCGAGGAGUGGUGCAAGCAUCUCUGCAUGGAGUGUCUGGGGACUAGGCUGAAUGACAUCAGCCUCGGGGAACCUGAUCUCUUGGCGGCAGGAGUGCAGCGGGAACAGAAUGAGCGAUUCAACGUGUAUCUUAUGCCUACACCAAACCUGGACAUUUAUGGCGAAUGCACAAUGCAGAUCACUCAUGAGAAUAUCUAUCUCUGGGAUAUCCACAAUGCCAAGGUCAAGCUGGUCAUGUGGCCUCUCAGCUCACUGAGGAGAUACGGGCGGGACUCAACAUGGUUCACGUUUGAGUCAGGAAGAAUGUGUGACACAGGAGAAGGACUAUUCACUUUUCAAACAAGGGAAGGAGAAAUGAUCUAUCAGAAGGUCCAUUCUGCGACACUGGCCAUAGCUGAGCAACAUGAAAGAUUAAUGCUAGAAAUGGAGCAGAAGGCCCGGCUUCAGACAAGCUUGACUGAACCAAUGACGUUAUCCAAAUCAAUAUCUCUUCCUCGCAGUGCAUACUGGCAUCACAUCACUCGUCAGAACAGCGUUGGGGAAAUCUACAGUUUGCAAGGUCAUGGGUUCGGGUCCUCGAAGAUGUCACGCGCACAGACGUUUCCCAGCUACGCCUCGGAGCAGAGCGAAGAGACACAGCCGUCCUUGUCCCGGUCCAGCAGCUAUGGCUUCAGCUACAGCUCCAGCCUCAUCCAAUGACACCCAGAGAGAUGCUGAGACCAGAGAGACAGUCUCCGGACCUGCCUGGGGGCCAUCACGCCCUCUGCCUCGCGGAGGACCAAUUGCAGGGAACAUUGAAAUGGGUUGGGUCUAUCCCCGCUCCCAGUGGAAGGUUAAAAACUGGAGUUCUGCUUCCUUGAUUCCGUGGCU